AUCUUUCUUAUGCAAAGUAGCUGUCUUUGAAGGCGGAUCUUUUGGCAGGUUAGACCGGGACGGAGGCUCCGACCAGCUCAGACGAGCGCUGCCACCAAACGCACCAACUGCCUGCAGACGGGAGGAGCGUGAUCCUGCCUCUCUGGAAUAUAUUAACAAUUCAAACUGGGGAUAUUUAUUGUACUUAUAUCACUGCCUCGGUAAUUGUUCCGGGUGCCUCGUGAGCAGCCAUUCCCACCGCUGAAAGGACUGAAGGGAAAUUAUUUUUGUUGCUUUUGAACAAGUUUUCGCACAAGGACUGGCACCGCUCCGCUGCACGGACAGACACCCCGGAAAAGUGACAUGAAACGUGAGGACGCGAAAGUGAGCAUUUUGGAGACACGCAGGGAAGAAACCGGAGCACAUUAUCAUUCAUCUUUACUUUUAGCAGACUGAUCUGCGCGGAGGAGCAAGACUGAAGAAGUAGAUCCAACAAACUAAGCGCGUGAAAGCAUGGACCUGAACGCACGCGACCAACAGAGAGGAAACAUUUUCGGACUGUUUUCGGAUUUAUGUUUUUCUUAAAUCCUUGAAACCUAAAAUGAGGAGUCGCUGGUCCUGCGACAGAUAGUUCUGUAAGUUUUUGAUCUCACACACAAACAGUGGCAGGGUUUCAACAGUGAGAGAAACUUGUUUGUUGUGGCAGCGGUGAACACUUGGCCUCAUUUUUCUUCAGAUCAAGAGGGGAGGAUGUGUUCAGCUGUUAAAGUGAGCCUGAUUUGUGUGCUACUGGUCCUGUGGAGCGAUGGGGGCUCAGCCAUCAGCUCCAUAGACCCGGACUGGUCAGGAGAGGGGAGAUGUCAACAGAUCACCAUCCCCCAGUGCAAAGACAUUGGUUACAACAUGACUCGAAUGCCAAACCUUAUGGGCCACGAUGACCAAAAAGAGGCAGCGAUAAAGCUGCAGGAGUUUGCGACACUGAUACAGUUUGGAUGCCACAGUCAUCUUAAAUUCUUCCUGUGUUCGCUGUAUGCGCCCAUGUGCACCGAGCAGGUGUCCAACCCCAUCCCAGCAUGCAGAGUGAUGUGUGAGCAGGUCAAGCUGAAAUGCUCACCCAUCUUGGAGCAGUUUAACUUCCCCUGGCCUGACUCUCUGGACUGCUCCCGGCUGCCGACCAAAAACGACCCCAACAACCUCUGCAUGGAGGCGCCCAACAAUGGCUCUGACGAGCCUCCCAAAGUCUCCCACACCCAACCUCCAGACUUCAGGCCCCAGCGGCCUCUCAGCGGGCAGGACUUGCUCCUGAAGGACAGUGGCAGCAGGCAGACAUGCAGCAAUCCUGGCAAGUUCCACUUUGUAGAGAAAAGCGAGUCCUGUGCUCCUAAAUGCUACCCCACAGUGGAUGUUUACUGGAGUCAAGGGGACAAGCAGUUCUCUCUGGUUUGGAUUGCGAUCUGGUCCAUCCUCUGCUUUGUCUCAAGCGCCUUCACUGUGCUCACCUUCCUCAUAGACCCGCAAAGAUUUAAAUACCCAGAGAGGCCGAUCAUCUUCCUCUCCAUGUCCUACUGUGUUUACUCUGUGGGCUACCUCAUCCGACUCUUUGUGGGAGCAGACAGAAUAGCCUGCGACAGAGACAAUGGAGUCCAGUAUGUUAUCCAGGAGGGUCUGGAGAGCACCGGCUGCACCAUUGUCUUCCUCAUCCUGUAUUACUUCGGCAUGGCCAGCUCCCUCUGGUGGGUUAUACUGACCCUCACAUGGUUCCUGGCUGCAGGGAAGAAGUGGGGUCACGAAGCCAUCGAGGCAAACAGCAGCUACUUUCACCUGGCCGCGUGGGCCAUCCCGGCAGUUAAGACCAUCAUGAUCCUGGUGAUGCGGAAGGUGGCGGGGGACGAGCUGACGGGCGUGUGCUACGUGGGCAGCAUGGACGUCAAAGCUCUCACCGGCUUUGUGCUCAUUCCUCUCUCUUGCUACCUUAUUAUCGGCACUUCUUUCCUGCUGUCCGGCUUCGUCGCCCUCUUUCACAUCCGUAAGAUCAUGAAAACAGAGGGUGAGAACACUGACAAGCUCGAGAAGCUGAUGGUCCGCAUCGGGGUCUUUUCUGUGCUCUACACUGUACCAGCCACCUGCGUCAUCGCCUGCUACUUCUACGAGAGGCUCAACAUGGACUACUGGCGCAUCCUGGCCGUCGAGCAGAAGUGUGUGGAGGGCGGCGGGCCUGAGUCGGACGAGUGUGUCAUGAAGACGUCCAUCCCUGCUGUGGAGAUCUUCAUGGUGAAGAUCUUCAUGCUGCUGGUGGUGGGCAUCACUAGCGGCAUGUGGAUCUGGACCUCAAAGACAUUACAGUCGUGGCAGAAUGUGUUCAGCAGGAAGCUAAAGAAGAGGACAAGGAGGAAGGCUGCCAGUGUGUUCACCAGCAGCAGGCCUUACAUCAAACCUCACCCGUCUCUCAAAGGCCACAGUACCAAGUAUGAGCCUACACGGCCUCCUCCGACAUGUGUAUGAGGUGGCCCUCUUUUUUAUUAUGAACCCCAAAAAUACUUGUAAAGCCCUUACCUAAAUGAGACUUUGUAAUCAGAGUGCCCUCAAAAGACUCAAGGUUCAUGUUUUAUUUAUGCAAACUGCAUUGAAGAUCAUGGGAUGUGGGGUUUUUUUUGUAUCUUGAGCCAUCUCACGCAACAAGAGCUGCCUUUGUUUGAGAAAAAAAUCUGCUUCUCCUGGAUUCAUUUAUCCUAUUGAGAAACUUGGUGGAGAGAAAAAAAUUCUUAUUAUUCCCAAGACAAAAAGAGUGGAAUAAACCAUUUGGAUGUGCCAUGGGGUUACUUGAAUAAUGUGCAAUAGAUGUUUUUUUUUCCCCUCACAGGCAGAAAAAGACACUUGUACUGUUAGUGAAAGAUUGCAGACAAUGAGAAGACCCCAUAGAAAAUGGAGGCAAAUGGUCGGAUAGAUGAUUGUUGUGUCUGCAGGCUUUUGAAUGGAUAUCGAGGCAGUUUCAUAAAUGUUUGAACUGGAGUGAGAGCAGCUGUUGAAAAGCGCUCAGGACCUUUCCGAACUGCCCAUUGUGAGGCAAAGCCCCGCCAUAAAUUAAUCAAGCACUCGUUAAUGAAAACUUAUUUGUACACGCUGUGGAGUUUUUCCAUGUUUUUUCUUUGCUGUUUUAUAGCACAAGGGAACGUUUGUAUAUAUUUCUAAAAACUUGAGAUUUUAUAGAAAAAUUAAUAAAACGUUUUAGUUUUAAAUGUU